AUGGUGAAUCUCUGCCAUCCUUACUGGCUUCGUGAACUCUACACACUACAUCAGAGGCUCUUAAAUUCGCCCGGCUCCUUAGAGUUUGUCUGCGCUAUCACCUGGGAUGGCGAUGAAGUAAUGGAUGUGAUGAGAGGAAGGGUCGAGAGUAUGGGAUAUGGGAGAUUUGGACAUGAGUUUGUGAGCACCUUCGCCGAUGAAUGCAUUGAUGCCGGCCUCAAGAUCGUCGAUGGUGUCGGGAAACGUCCAAACGGUGGUAGCAAGGAUUCCGGCGAUAGUGAGCAAUUAGAAGAAGCAGCAAUAGGAGCGUUGAAGACUUUCUUUUUCAACGAAACACUCGCUCUUUGGUACUAUAAUGCUCACAUGGUUCGGCAGAUCUUGAGUUUAUUUCCAUACCUGGAUUUUGUGGAGUUUCCUGACUUCCCACUCGUGCCACUUGUAGCGCGGAUGAAAUAUUUCUUUCCACAAUGCACAGAUGAUGAUUCUAAGUUCGCCGCUAUCAGUUUCUCCCCUCCGCAAAUGUUGCAAAAUCUUGGAAUUACAUACAGAGAGCAAGGCCGUCGCUACUCUGAUCUCUUUGCAUCCGUCAAAGUGUUGAAUAUCCUCUCCCCUCAUUAUAACCCGAUUCUUGCUCUAUUUUGUUGCAAGAACUCAUUCUGUGCCCCAGCGUUUCUGCUACCUUUGCUGAUUUUCAAUCGAUGGUGUGGAAGGAACGGAACCGACUGCGAUAUUCCUGCACAUAUCUUAGAGAGGAUCAAGAAUGUUGUUUUAGAGGCAAUAUUGGAUAUCCCAGGUGGAAAAAACACUCAGCUAUUUGAUAUCGAGCAGUUGAGACAUGUGAUGGAUGAGCCUGAUGUUGAUUUCAUAUAA